GGGGCGGCGGGAAGGAGCCCGGGACGCCACUAUUUAAGCCACCGCCCCCGCGGGCAAAGGACAGAGCCUGGCCGAGCAUGGAGCGAGGCCGCGCCCUUCUGCUUCCCCUUCUUCUGGGGCUGCUCCAGCCGGGCCGCGGUGGGCGGCUGGAAGUGGAUCCACCUGAGAGCGAGGUGGCGAUGGCCGUGGGCGAGUCGCGAAACUUCACCUGCCGCAUGACCUGCGCGGACGGCAGGGAGGCCUCGGUGCUGUGGCGGGGCCUGGACACCAGUCCGGGCGCCGUGCAGUCCGGCGCGGGCCUCAGCGUCCUGUACGUGCUCAACGCCUCGCUGUCUGCGGCGGGGACCCGCGUGUGCGUGGGCUCCUGCCGGGACGUGUCCCUCCAGCACCGCGUGCGGCUCCUGGUGUUUGCCUUCCCAGACCAACUGACUGUAUCCCCUGAGGCCGUAGUGCCAGGGAGGGACCAGGAGGUGGCCUGCACGGCCCACAACAUCACACCGGCUGGCCCUGAUACACUCUCCAUGUCCCUGCUCCUGGGGGGUCGGGAACUGGAGGGAGUGGAAGACUUCCCGGACGUGACUGAAGAGCCCCAGGAAGGUGAGGACCAGCUGUUCCAAGUGACCCAGCGCUGGCUGCUGCCCACCUCAGAGACCUCCAGCCUGCACACCCUCCACUGCCAGGUGACCAUGAGGCUGCCUGGCCUGGAGCUGACCCGCCACCGGCCCAUUCCAGUCCUGCAGGGCCUGACCUCCUCGGAGCCCCCCAGCAUCACCUCCUCAGAGCCCCCCACCAUGACCCCAGCAGAGCCCAGCAUCACAGCGUCCCUGGAGCCCACUGAUACAACCACCCCAGAGCCCUUUGUCAUGACGCCCCCGAAGCCCCCCAUCACCACCUCCCCCGAGCUGACCUCCACCUGCAGCCCCGCAAGUCCUGGCCCGGCUAGUCCUGGCCCCGCACCCAGGAACAGCUCCACCAGGCCGUGCCUCCCGGAGAUCCACCGGUCGUCAGCACCAGGGGCUUUGGAGCUGCUGUGCGAGGUGCCCUGUGGCCCCGGCAUGGCCGUGCACUGGACCCAGGCCCCCGGCGGGCUGGAGGCCUACGAGACGCAGGAGGCAGGGGCCCAAGCUUGGCUGAGCAGCAGGAGCAUGCUGUGGUCCGGGUGCCAUCCUGAGGGCUGGUUCCAGUGUCGCCUGGACCCUGGGGGCCACACGACCAACCUGUAUGUGGUCCCGGAAAUCUGUUCCCCGGCAACGUCGGCUGCCCUGUGGACCAGCAGCUUGGCGCUGGGGCUCCUUCUCCUGGUAUUUCUUGCCUAUCACCUGAGGAAACGCUGCCAGCCCACAAGCUGAUGACCUGGGCCUCACACCCCCACCCCGAGUAGACCACACAAAGGGGGACUUUUCUUCUACUCGGUUGUGACUAGAGGACGUGGGCGGCGUUCUGGACAGCAGGUGGUGACCGUGGGCUCCCUACCCUGAUGGCCGGCACAUCCAGGCUCCCCAGCUGGCUGGGUGUCCCUUCCGUGGGUCCCAGGGGAGCAGACCCUCCACAGUGCAGAGCUGGAGAAUAAAGAGCAUCUAGUCUGA